CAUACACAUACCCAUAUUCUUACUCUUACUCUUACUAUUAUUCACUCUCUCUUUCUCUCUUUCUCUUGUUCUUUGCCUUUACAUAACUACUCAUUGCCAUGAUUGCUCCAAUCACUGGAAAAUUCCGUAAACAAAUCAUCAGAGACAUUUCAAUCUCUCUCACACUUGGUGCAGCCGGUGGUGCAGCCUGGUGGAACCUCUAUCACCUUCCAAAUGUUCACGCCCGCGAUUCGUAUUAUGCCAAGCUCGAAGCCUCCAAGAAGCAAUAGAUAAAAUAAAAGGAUAAGCAAAAUAAAGAAAGAAAGAAAAUAGCUGACAUAUCUUAGUCAUGAUGAUUGGAAACUACUCUUAAAAUACCAAAACCUUUCUUGUGUCUAUGCAUUCUAUUUUGUAAAUAAAUAUACUAAUUAUAUAAUACAAAUGAUGGCUUUAAUAAAGAAUGAAUUACUCAAUUCAAGUCGAUUCAAUCC